UAAGGACGUGAGUCAUUUUUGUGGAGAGGACCGAACAGAAGCUGAGGCGGAUUCAGCCAGGAUGGACAUUGCACUUUUGAAAGAACAGUACAAUUGGAUUAAAGAGAAACAAAAGCUCCAAACUCGUGUUGUUUUAUUCAAAAAAGCACCUGACAAUGAAGAGAUUUGUGGCAAGGCCCUCGUCAAUAUGGUCCCUGUGAGCCAGGAAGUGAGAAACCCCAAAGCUUUUGAGGAACAGAUGCCAGUCAAAGAGAUACAAUUUAAUUUUGUUGAUGACCUUGAUAAUGACAAAUCUCCUUGGCGCACACACUUAGGAAUCCAUCGCAUGGCCUGUACAGUUAAAGCAUCAGAUUCCAGCAUUAACAGAACUCCACCAAGCCUGACAAGGAAGCUUGCAACGUCCAAAGACUUUUCUCAGGAGUGCACAGAGCCCCAAGAAGCAGAAUCUUUUGCCUCAGCAAAGCUGAAUGGGCCCCAAUGCAUUGAUAGUGGAGGCAGGACCGAGCAAGUCACAUUGAUCUCUAGAAAGUUGUCCACAAGUGAAGCCUUGUCAAGACAGCUCAGUGCUGGAGCACACCGACCCUCCAACUCUCAAUACUACCCUUUCCCUCAGCGGAGAGCCCCAAAGAAAUCGGAGGCUGCUCGGCGCCUCGGAAUGUAUUCAUCAUUUUAAUUAACCCAAGUCUAAAAGUGGCUUUACUGAGGACUGCAGCAAGUGGUAUGCCAUCCAUGUAAGCCCUGAAAAGCAUGAAUACACCCUUUUGCUUUCAGAAACACUUUUCAGGAGAGAAGAAAACUCGGUGGCUAAUCAUCUAUCCCCAGUACAUGCUCUGGAGACGAUGCAUACAGUGGAACUGAAGUUAAUGUGAGCAGCCUUUAAAAGGACAAGAAGUGCCACAGAACUUGUAUGUCUAACAAGAUGAGAUUUCCAAAUAAGCAAUGGUCCAGGAAGUCAAAUAGUCAUUUAAUCUUUACACAUGCAGUUUAAUGCAAAGAGUGAACUAAAAUCCUUUGAAGCUUUAAAGUUUUCUGAAGGUGCCC